GAUACUAUUGAGUGUUUCAUGCAUGUUGGUCAGAGCAAAAUAAACAAGAUGGCGACCAUGAACAGUCUACUAUUCUAUUGCUAAUUAUUAUAUUAGCUAAUAAGUUUGUGAGGAAGUAGUGCAAUUAUAUACACAGUAUAUAGCACGAGUGCUACAACGUGUAGAAAUCUUCAAGGGAAAAAACUCAAUCACUACCUCUGCCAAGUGUCAGAUCAGCCAGGCUGUAAUGGAUAUGUGGCCCUCAGCAGCAACAACCUGACUGACCAGGCAAGCACCAAAAAAAAAGUGGCCCCUACAUCAGGCUGUGGAGUAGGAAGACUCCUGAAAGCAGUCACAGGUGUAAGUGAGACAGUUUAUCCCUCAUCUUGAUGCUAAGAGUGCAAGAAUGGACAACGGGAGUCAAACAUCACCCUCAAGCAAGCAAGUGUGCAAAAGAACACAGUAUGAAGAUCCCUUUGCCCUACACUCCCUCCUCUCUACAUCAGGAAGCCUUUUGGAUAGCGAAAACUCCCUUUUCCUGGGGCCACUGAUGCCACCCUUACGAAGCAUUGAAGAUCAAUGCGAAGGUAGUAAUCCUCGUACUGGAAGUGGACGAGGAGGAGGAGGAAUCCUACAGCCUUCAAGUGCACCCACAUCUCCUCAGCACAGACACAACAGUGUCACUUCUCCCCCUCCACUCUCUCCUGUUCCUCUUGGGGCCUCUGUUGCCUCCACAUCAUCGGACCCAAACUUCCAUGCAACCAGCCUUCGAGAGAGAAAUGCUGCAAUGCUUAACAAUGAACUCAUGGCCGAUGUUCAUUUUGUUGUUGGGCAACCAGAUCAAGCUUUGUAUCUCUACUGUGAUGAGAUCCGCCUGGAGCCAGAUACAGUUCUAGCGACACUUUAUGCUGCUAAAAAGUACCUUGUUCCACACUUGGCUCAGCAGUGUGUAAAAUUUCUCGAAGUGUCAUUGACAGCUCGAAAUGCCUGCCUGCUUCUUUCACAGUCUCGUCUGUUUGAAGAGCCUGAGCUAAUGACACGCUGUUGGGAAGUUAUUGAUGCUCAGGCUGAGAUGGCACUACAAUCUGAUGGCUUUGUAGAUAUUGACUUUCCGACUCUGACCAGUGUCUUGUCAAGAGAAACUUUGAAUUGCCGAGAAAUUAUUCUCUUUGAUGCAGCAUUAUCCUGGGCUGAAGCAGAGUGUAUACGUCAAGAACUAGAACCAACAGCUGAAAAUAAACGAAAGUAUCUCAAUCAACUUUCAUCAUCAAGAAUUCCUACAAGCUCUUGAAUGAUGGGCUUGUCCUUAAAAUCUCUUGGAAAAUUUCAUGGACCUCUUGAAUUCUCAUUUGGGACUAAUUUUGUUCAGGGUGGGAUAUUCACAUAUCCCAUGUUGUGAAAAUGUGAGGUGUCUUUGAUGUAGUUCUAAAUAUUCCAUGCAGAAUCCUCAAGUUGUGAGUAGUUCCCAGGUGAUUAAACAAUUAAAGAAUUCUUUCCAAAUGUGAUCUGCAUAAUUGUUCAGUGAGGUAGCUUAUUUAAGGAAGCUAAAGUAAACAAGACUGCCUUGUUUUCUAAGAGCUUCCAUUUUGUUUGGAAAAUCUUAAGUACACAGGCCACCUCUAUAUUUGGGCAGAUUUUGUCCUGAAAAUUUGUCAGAUUUAUUGAAAAAAAAAAAAAAAAGUCUUCAAGCCAGGCUUCAUCCACUUGG